AUGGAAUCUCGCUCGCUGAGAAGCCGGCGACCCCCCAAGGUGAGUGCACCACCCACGACCCAAGCGGGUGGCCAUCUAGAGUCCAACUCCCAACCACUCGAUGAUGACAGUGACGUAUACAUUCAGAGCCUCUACGACGACAGUGAUGAAGAUAUCCAACAAUUCAACGAUGAAAGCGAUGAGUCUUUCCUUCCUGCUGGCAAGCCAACACGCAAGCCAGCCCGCAAGCCAAUCCGCAAGCGUGCUACCCGGAAGGACAAGGGCUCGACAGCCACGAACGACCAGCCACAACAGGAAGAUGGCGAUGAUUACGAAGCUGUUUCUCGCGCUACGACCAGCCGCCCCAACAAAUGUGUCGCCCGUAAGAAUAACAAUCCUGGAAAGACGAAGCGGCGGAUGUUCCACAAUCGACGCAUCGGUCAGACGAAAGCUUCCAAUGACAGCACGAAAGACAAACAGUCUGGCGACGUCGUCGCAGAGGAAUUAAGCCUCUUAUCUACUCCAGAGACUCGCAACAUCAACGCCUUGCUCCAUGCUCUCAAUGAGCCUCCAGGGUUGAAGGUCAAGACAGAGGUGCGGCCGACCGAGCUCACGAUUACACACAAUGGCGUCACACCACUUGGCGAGCUUCCGAACGCACCAGACCGAGACUAUAAGGCCCUGAUCAAGCUUAAGGAUGUCACUGUCACGUUCGACCCUCAAGGCGACCAGUCACGUACCUUGCUACCCUACAACAAGACCAAGGCUACAAGCAUCAUGGCAUUUAUAGAUGCAUGGAUCAAGGUCAUCCCAACUUGGGAAGUUAGACUAUGGAAUGAUGCGCGCCAGCCAAGUGAAGAAGAACGGGAGUACCUGUACAUGUUCCCGGAGAUAGUCCAUCCAUAUCCGUAA